AUGGCAGACCACAAUAUAGAUCCUCUGCAUUCUGAAGACCUCACAUCAGAUGUUGGUGCAUCAGCCACGAGUAGUUCACAAGUUUCCGAAAGAGCUCUGGAGAAGUGUAUAGAUCACAUUUUCUCCAAAUAUAUUUGUCCUCUGUGCAAAAGAUUUCUGGAAAAUCCAGCACAGGUGCCUUGUGAUCACAGCUACUGCAUGUCCUGCAUUGAAUGGUUAUUAAGAAAUAUCCCUGAUCCAGAGUGUUUAAUUUGUGGAAAGAAGAUAGUCACAGAUGAUGCAAUUUUUAACUUUGGCUCUAUAAAACCAGAUGAAGUCAAGAGGAAGGCGAUGAAUAGUCUUAAAAUGCAGGGUUUCUAUGAGGAAUUUUUUUCAGCUGAACCACCCAACCCAUCUGAGGAGGACCCAUUGCUGAUGAGCCAGAACAGACAGGAGCACCCAUUUCCCAAACACUUUGUGCCCUAUCCACUUGCUGUGUGGUUCCAGCACCCAGAUGGAAAUGCAGAUAUUCGACAUGGACUUUCAAGACAGCUAAAAGUGGUGAUUAUCAGAAAUGUCCAAGUGAUUCAGGAACACAAAUCCUACGGAAAAGUAGCACUUCUGAACACUAUGGUCAUGGGACUUACGCUGUAUCCACUCUGA